AUGGUCGAGAGAGAACAAACGAAAAAGGAUAUCAAAGAAUUGGCUAAAAAUGACAAGUAUUCAAUUUUGCUUCCCACCUACAACGAGGUAGAGAAUUUACCUAUAAUUAUUUGGCUUAUCACCAAAUAUAUGGACGAGAGCGAACUUGAUUAUGAGAUAAUCGUGAUAGACGAUGGUUCUCCAGACGGAACACUGGAUAUGGCUAAACAGCUGCAGAAUGUCUAUGGGGAAAAUAGGAUUGUCCUGAGACCCAGGGAAAAGAAGCUUGGACUAGGCACAGCUUAUAUGCAUGGAAUUAAACAUGCUACAGGAAAUUUCAUUGUCAUCAUGGAUGCUGAUUUAUCUCAUCAUCCCAAAUUUAUACCCAAAAUGAUAGAGCAACAGAGGUACCUUGAUUUAGAUAUUGUUACUGGUACUAGAUAUGCACAUGGAGGAGGAGUUUAUGGGUGGGAUUUUAAAAGGAAGCUGAUAAGCAGAGGAGCAAAUUUUUUGACACAAAUUUUGUUGAGACCAGGUGUCAGUGACCUUACAGGAAGCUUUAGGCUGUACAAGAAAGAUGUUUUGGAGAAACUCAUUCAAUCCUGUGUGUCAAAAGGAUAUGUUUUCCAAAUGGAAAUGAUAGUUAGAGCCAGACAAUUAAAUUACACCAUAGGAGAAGUACCGAUCACGUUUGUUGAUCGCGUCUAUGGUGAAUCAAAACUGGGAGGAUCAGAGAUUUUCCAAUUCGCAAAAGGCCUCCUAUAUCUUUUCGCGACUACGUAAAUUUGAUGUACAAUCAAGACUUUAAAAUUACAUUCCUUGUAUUAUAAACAAAUAUAUGUAUAAAUAAAACCUGUA